UCAUUUUCACUUGAAAAACAAAUCCCAUUCCCCCAUUCUCCUUCCCACCAUUCUUUUCUUCUUCAUCUACUCUGCAACCCCAUUUUCUUUCUGUAACUCUUCCUUCUUCUUCAUCUUCUUCCUAUGGAAACAACUUUCAGACUAAGUGGUGGUGGUGGUGGUGAUGGUGGUGAUUAUGGUGAUGAUGACGAACUGGAACUUGGAUUAGGGUUGAGUCUUACUUCUGCUGCUUAUGCUCCCUCCUCCAAUGGUGCUCUCAGUCAGGUGGUGGGAUGGCCACCUGUGAAGACUUAUAGGAUGAACAGUUUGGUCAACCAAGCAAAAUUUUCCAAAAAUGAAGAGGAGAAGGGAGUGGGUGGGAACGAUGGGUCCAAGAAGAAGAAAAAGAAUUCAAACAAGAAUGAUGAGAAGAUGGUUAAAGAAACAGGGCAUUCUGGGUUUGUGAAGGUGAAUAUGGAUGGAUUACCUAUAGGUAGAAAGGUGGACUUGAAUGCUCAUGAUUGCUAUGAAACUUUGGCCCAAGCUCUUGAAAUUAUGUUCUUAAAAGCAUCAUCGUCUAUCCGUAGAGAAAAGCAGCAACAUUCUCGGCUUUUGGACGGAUCUUCUGAGUUUGUGCUAACUUAUGAAGAUAAAGAAGGAGAUUGGAUGCUUGUAGGAGAUGUUCCAUGGAGGAUGUUUCUGGGCACUGUGAAAAGGCUAAGAAUCAUGAAAACCUCAGAUGCUAAUGGACUUGCUCCAAGAUACCAAGAAAAGAAUCAGAAGCCGAAAAGCAAGCAACUUGAAUUAAGAAGAUGAAGGAACAACCACAGAACCACCUACAGACUAGAAAAGUUGAAGCUUUUGUUUGGAUAAUCAUGGCUGCUUUACUAUAUGUUCACUUUUUUGGUUCAUUUACUGGUUUUUUGCCUUCCCAACGGUUCUUUUUGUCCAUUCGAUUCUUCUUUUCUGUUUUUUUGUUAUUGUGAGCAUAUUAGGAUGUGUUCUUGCUUACAUAUACUCCCAUACCCAUCUUGAAAGGUUUGAUGAUGAUGAUGAUGUUAUUUACAAGUUUCUUAAGCUUGCUACGAUAUGUAACUUUUUCUUUAUAUUACAUUUCAAUCGGUAAUCUGUCGUUCUUCUUUGUGUUUCU